AUGACUGGUUCAAGUGCAUCCGAUCAAGAUGGUUUAGGACUUGUCACUAUCCCAAGAGAUGAACCUGAGGCUUCAGAAGGAAGGGAUCCUAUUUCUUAUACUGAACAUAUUGCUAACCUGAUGCAACAAAUGGCCAAUAUGCAAAGAGAGAUCGAUCGACUUCGAAACCUUACCAAUUUGUCCAUUAGCCUAAAUACACCACUUCCCGAACAUGGGGCAGAUGCAACUAUUCCACCUGUUGACUCUCCCUCGCCUCAAGACUUCCUUCCAAAUCCUUCCCCUUUCAAAACCAAUAUGACUGCUCCUAAACAACUCGUCAACCAACCACAAGUCAAUUUCGCAAACAUCAACUCACAACAAACCAAUCCACUACCUUUCACUACCCCUUAUGUUUCCCAAACUCCAGUCCUCCAAACUACACUUACCCAAGCUCCACUCACUGAAACUAACCCACUUACCCAAAAAGCCCCACUCACCCAAACCAACCCGCUCAUCCAAAAAUACCAAAUGAUCCAACAUAUACCUGUGACACAUACUACAACUCCUAACAUGCAAUAUAUGCCACAAGUAUACGUAACAGAAGCUCAACCUUUCGUUACUCCAAUACCAACCAUGCCAGAAGUCGAUCCAUAUGAGGAGAUGGAGAGAAAGGCCAGAUCAAAAAUAGAUGAAAGUGUAGCUAGGGAGAUUCGUAAUUUGAAGGAAGCGUUCAAAAGUAUCCAACUUCACAAGGAGUGCGAAGGGUUUGAGUAUGAGGAUUUAUGUGUUCAUCCUGAUGUCGAGUUGCCUGUAGGAUAUAAAGUACCAAAAUUUGAUGUGUUUGAUGGGAAAGGAAAUCCACGAGCUCAUUUAAGAUCGUAUUGUGACAAGCUAGUUGGAGUGGGGAAAGAUGAGGCCAUUAGAAUGAAAUUAUUCAUAAGGAGUUUGACAGGAGAAGCACUGGAUUGGUAUACAAGUCAAGAUCCGAAGAAAUGGCAUAGUUGGAGUAUCAUGGCACAGGAUUUCAUGGAUAGGUUCAAGUUCAACACUGAGGCCAUACCAGAUAGAUUCUAUUUGAUGAAAUUAGAAAAAAAGUCGACGGAGUCUUUUAGAAUAUAUGCCAUGAGAUGGAGAGCAGAUGCUGCAAAGGUUCAACCUUCGAUGACAGAAAGUGAGAUGACCUCCCUUUUUAUACAAUCUCAAAAAGAUGCAACGUAUUAUGAAAAGAUGAUAAGCGUGGUAGGACAAAAGUUCUUUGAAGUUGUAAGGAUGGGAGAAUUCAUUGAAGAAGGUAUUAAAACUGGGAGAAUCACUAAUUUGGCAGCCUUACAAGCAACAAGUAAAGCAAUUCAGUCAGAUUCAAUUAGAGGAGCCUUUAAGAAGAAGAAGGACGGAGUGUCCGCUGUCAUGACCAUCCAGAAACGUAGGCCAAACCAAAUUAUCUUUGGGCCUUCUGUCGCCCCUUAUCCAGUUUACACUACUCAGCCAAUAUAUUAUCCAUCCAGAGCGCCCACUUAUCCAAAUCCCUCACAAUACCGACCUACAUACCCACCUCAAUCCCAUUAUCAAACACAAAUUCGCCCAUCAAAUCCACCAAGGCCCCGCCCAAACUUUGAAAGAAGACCACCCAAAACCUAUACACCUUUAGCCGAACCUUUAUCCCAACUAUAUGAAAGGUUGAGAACCGCAGGGAUACUCCAACCAAUCCAAGCACGAAUUCCCAACCCCCUUCCCGGAUGGUAUGAUGACACUAAGCAUUGCGUCUAUCACUCUGGAGCUGUUGGACAUGACACCGAGAACUGUCUUACUCUCAAGGACAAGAUUGAGGCAUUAAUCAAAGAAGGAGUUAUUCAACUCAGAGGUGCUGCCCCCAAUGUAAAUAACAAUCCUCUUCCAAAUCAUGAGAAUGUGAACAUGAUCACCAUUGAUGAAGAAUGCAAUUUGGAAGGGACUAUUUUUGCCAAUCAAAGAAGAGAAGAAUUUCCCUUGAGUUACUCAACUGACACAAAGGACAAAGGGAAAGGAAAAGUAGUUGUAGAAGUUGCUGCUGCCGGAAUGACAAGAUCGGGGCGAUGUUAUGCCCCUGAAGGUGUUGCACGAAUCGUACCGAAUAAGGAAGUUAACCAAAAGAAAGUUGUGACAGAAGCUGAAAUAGAGGAUUUUUGGAGGAAAAUGCCAACAAAAGAAUAUUCUGUUGUUGAACAGUUGAAGAAGACUCCCGCCCAAAUUUCCUUGAUGUCAUUAUUGAUGAGUUCUGAAACUCACAGGAGCGCUUUGGUGAAAGUUCUAAGUGAAGCUUAUGUUCCGGCCAAUAUCACAAGUGAGAAUCUUUCAGCCAUGGUAGGGCAGGUUUUGGAAGCAAACAAAUUCUGUUUUCACGAAGAGGAAUUACCAUCUGAAGUCAUUGGCGAAAUUGAUUUGCCACUGCAAAUUGGACCCGAGGAGUUCGUGGUAGAAUUCCAAGUAUUGGACAUACCUGCUAGUUACAAUUUAUUGCUUGGGAGGCCUUGGAUCCAUAUGGCUGGUGCGGUCCUUUCUACCCUGCACCAAAAUUUGAAAUUUGUUUGGAACCACCACGAGAUUAUUGUUCAUGGAGAAGGUAGUAAUUCCAUGUAUCCUGAGAAUUCAAUCCCUGUUGUUGAAAGUAUGGAAGAACUGGAUGGGUCUGUGUUCCAUACUAAAGAGAUUAUGUGUGUUCAUCAAACCGAAAGGGUAAAGUUACCACGUGUGCUUGUGAUGGUGGCUUGGGAAAUGUUGAAGAAUGGUUUCAUGCCUGGUCGAGGUCUUGGAGUGAACUUAGGUGGAAUAGUGGAACCAAUUCAAUUGUCGGGCCAGAAAUACACCUUUGGUUUGGGAUACAAGCCUACUCCUGAAGAAGUCUCAUUGGCCGAUCUCAAAAGGAAAAGUGACAUUUCAUUGCCCCAUCCCAUUCCGCACUUGAAUCAGUCAUUUUCCAAGGCAUAUAUUAUAAAGGAAUCAGAGGAAGACGCUGAAAACACCCUCGUGGAAGGACUCAAAAACUUAUUUAUAGAAGAAGUAGAAUGCAACAUGAUCUUGGAGGAUUGUACCGAGAUUCCGACCAUAUGGGAUGUGGAGCCUGGAGAUGCUUUGAACAAUUGGACUUAUAACCCAUCCCCGUUUCCUCGAAAAUCUUGCGAGCAAAUUAAUGAAUUUACCAAUACCGAGAAUGUGACAUGUAAUGAAAUGAGCAAACAAAUCUCAAAUACCGAGCAAUCUUUUGCGGAAUAUGAAGAAGAGGUGCAACCUGAAGAGUUGACUGAAGAUUUUGAACAUUUUAAGAAUAAAAUAAAGCCAAAUUUGGAUGAAACUGAGACGGUAAAUUUGGGAGAUUCAGAACUAAUGAAAGAAACAAGAAUUAGCAUCCAUUUGACUCCGUCUCAAAGAAAGGAACUUAUUGAUCUUUUGGGACAAUAUAUGGAUGUAUUUGCAUGGUCUUAUGAUGAUAUGCCGGGUCUAAGCACAAACAUUGUUUCACAUAAGUUGCCAACUGAUCCAUCUUGUCCCCCAGUCAAGCAAAAGCCAAGGAAGAUCAAGCCUGAUCUGAGUUUAAAAGUUAAGGAAGAAGUUUCUAAGCAAAUCGACGCCAACGUCAUCCGAGUCACAAAGUAUCCUACAUGGUUAGCUAAUAUAGUGCCAGUGCCAAAGAAAGAUGGAAAAAUCAGAGUAUGUGUAGACUAUCGAGACCUCAACAAGGCCAGUCCGAAAGAUGAUUUUCCACUUCCAAACAUUCACAUACUUAUUGAUAAUUGUGCAAAGCAUGAGUUGCAGUCAUUUGUUGAUUGCUUUGCAGGCUACCAUCAGAUUCUAAUGGAUGAAGAAGACGCUGAUAAAACGGCAUUCAUCACACCUUGGGGAGUGUAUUGUUAUCGAGUAAUGCCUUUUGGACUCAAGAAUGCAGGAGCAACAUACAUGAGAGCUAUGACUACCAUUUUUCAUGACAUGAUCCAUAAGGAGAUUGAAGUCUAUGUAGAUGAUGUCAUUAUCAAGUCACAAAAGAGCUCCAAUCACCUCACAGAUUUGAAGAAGUUCUUUGAUAGGUUGAGGCGGUAUAAUCUGAAAUUAAAUCCUGCAAAGUGUGCAUUUGGUGUCCCUGCUGGAAAGUUGUUGGGUUUCAUUGUGAGUAGGAAGGGCAUAGAAUUGGAUCCUUCAAAAAUAAAGGCUAUUCAAGACUUGCCCCCUCCAAAGAGUCGAAAGGAUGUAAUGAGUUUUCUUGGUCGACUAAAUUACAUUAGUCGAUUCAUUGCACAGUCGACUAUAAUUUGUGAACCAAUCUUUAAGUUGUUGAGGAAAGACGCUGCCAUUAAAUGGACUGAAGAUUGUCAACAAGCUUUUGACAGAAUCAAGGAGUACUUAUCUAGUCCGCCCGUCUUGGUGCCUCCAAAACCGGGGAGACCAUUGCUACUAUAUAUGUCAGUAUCGGACAAUGCAUUUGGAUGUGUGUUAGGACAACAUGAUAAAACUGGGAGGAAAGAACAGGCUAUAUACUACUUGAGCAAGAAAUUCACGCCUUAUGAAGCCCGGUAUACUUUAUUGGAACGCACUUGUUGUGCCUUGACUUGGGUUGCACAAAAGUUAAGACAUUACUUAUGCGCGUAUACCACUUUUCUCAUCUCAAGGAUGGAUCCACUCAAAUACAUAUUUCAGAAGCCUAUGCCAAUGGGGAAGUUGGCAAAAUGGCAAAUUUUACUAAGUGAAUUCGAUAUUAUUUAUGUCACUCAGAAGGCCAUCAAGGGACAGGCGCUUGCUGAUCAUCUUGCUGAAAACCCUGUGGAUGAAGAGUACGAACCUCUUAAAACUUAUUUCCCUGAUGAAGAGGUGUUAUUUAUUGGAGAGGAUAUUUUAGAAGAAUAUCAUGGGUGGAGGAUGUUCUUUGAUGCGAAAUUCAAGUUUCUAUGCACUAACAAUAUGGCGGAGUAUGAAGCUUGUAUUCUUGGACUUAGAAUGGCUGUUGAUAUGAAUAUACAAGAAUUGUUGGUUAUAGGUGACUCAGACUUAUUGAUUCACCAGGUACAAGGCGAAUGGAGCACCAAGAAUAUGAAGAUACUCCCCUAUUUGCAAUGUGUGAAGGAAAUAUGCAAGAAAUUUAUCAAGAUAGAGUUCAGGCAUAUUCCUAGAGCUCAAAAUGAAUUCGCAGAUGCCUUGGCAACCAUGUCUUCUAUGAUUCAACAUCCAGACAAGAAUUAUAUAGAUCCAAUCAAAAUCAAUGUGCAGGAUCAACCGGCCUAUUGUUUCCAUGUGGAUGAAGAAAUAGAUGGAGAACCAUGGUACUAUGAUAUUGUGAGGUAUCUCAAAGAAGGAGAUUAUCCAGAAGGCAUAAGCAAUAUUCAAAAGAGAACACUGCGGAGGCUUGCAAAUCACUUUUUCUUAAGUGGAGAAAUCCUUUAUAGGAGGACUCCAGAUUUAGGUUUAUUAAGGUGUGUCGACUCCCAAGAGGCGAGCAAGUUGAUUGAAGAAAUACAUGGGGGUACUUGCGGGCCACACAUGAAUGGUUUUACUUUGGCAAAGAAGAUUGUGCGGGCCGGAUAUUUCUGGAUGACUAUGGAAACAGACUGCAUUCGCUUUGUGAGGAAAUCCUGGGGCAUGGAUGUCAUCGGUCCUAUCGAACCAGCCGCAUCAAAUGGACACAGGUUUAUUUUGGUAGCUAUCGAUUACUUCACAAAAUGGGUAGAAGCAUCCUCACAUAAGUCUGUGACAAAAAAAGUGGUGACAGAUUUUGUUCGCAAUAACAUAGUUUGUAGAUUUGGCAUCCCCCAUUCGAUUAUAACAGAUAAUGGAGCUAACCUCAAUAGCGAUUUGAUGCAUGCGAUAUGUGAUAAGUUCAAAAUCAUUCACCGCAAUUCUACUCCUUACCGACCACAGAUGAAUGGAGCAGUUGAGGCUGCCAACAAGAAUAUCAAAAGACUUUUGGUUUAUGGAACAGAAGCAGUAUUACCAAUGGAAGUUGAGAUACCAUCCCUGAGGAUAAUCCAAGAAGCUGAGAUGAGUGAUGCCAAAUGGAUACAAAGCCGAUAUGAACAAUUGAUGCUCAUUGAUGAAAAAAGAAUGAAUGCAGUUUGUCACGAACAACUUUAUCAACAUAGGAUGGCCAAAGCUUUCAAUAAAAAGGUAAGACUGAGACAGUUCAGGCCUGGACAAUUGGUGUUAAAACGGAUAUUCCCGCACCAAGAAGAAGCUAAGGGGAAGUUUGCGCCUAAUUGGUAUGGGCCUUAUGUGGUUCACAAAGUGUUAACUGGAGGAGCGGUGAUUCUAGCAGAAAUGGAUGGAAAGAUAUGGCCGAAAGCCAUCAAUUCAGAUGCGAUUAAAAAAUACUAUGUCUAG